AUGAGUCAAUCUGAAGGCAUUAAAACUGGAUUAUUCUUCAUUCAGGUGCUCCUCUUUACCGGUAAGACUUCUUCUUUGUCAAAAACCUUUAAAAUAAAAUGCACUGAGUACUCAAACCGGUUGUAAUGGUUAAAUAAGGAAAGGCAAAUUUUGCUUUUGUCUUGUCUUCAGAAGUCAGCGGACAAACCCCCCUCCACCUCGCUGCCCGAGAAGGAGAGGAAGUGACUUUGUUGUGUGAAAAUGUUUCAAUAAAUCAGAACCACUGUGACAAAACCUCUUGGUUUCAAAGUAAAUCUACAAGUAGUGCAGCACCAGACCUAGAGCUGGUCAGUCUUGGGCGCAUAAAUGCACGUGACAUUUCUAAAGCCAGAUCAGACAGACUGACAGUCGCAACGGACUGUUCUCUGGUCAUCAAAAACUUCUCAACUGAGGAUUAUGGUCGCUACACCUGCAGACAGUUCAAAAGGUCAAAACGGGAAUUUCAGGACUCUGUGGUUUAUCUCUCUGGUAUCCUCAGUGAGUAUUUUUAUCACCAUGAUUUCAGAUCCAACUCUCAGAUUGCAUCAAAAGAACAAAAAGACGAUAUGUUUCAGUCAUGAGAUGAACUUCACCCCUGCUGUCUUUUUCUUAUCUUCACCAGUGAGUGUUUACGAGGGCAAAAACGAGAGCAUCUUUUGGUGCUCUGUGUUUGGGAAUGCAGAGUGCUCGUACACAGUGCAGUGGUUUUAUAAAGGAGCGAAGACAAAUGUCACUAGGAUUCCAGUGGAGAAAUGUGAAGACUUUGCAUCCUUUGAAACAUCUCACCUGGAGGAGCUGGAGAUUGAGAAGCUGUUUUGUAACUUGACAAAUAUCAAGAGCGGACAAACUCUUCGGUGUGGCGUUGACCCACAUUCCUCAUGUCAGAGAACAGGUUUGCCAGAGUUUGUUUUAAGAUCUCAUAAUUCAGUCUCUGUCAAAGACAAAUAGGAUGAGUCUUUUCUGCUAACACUGGACUUUUAAAACUUGUGAAGACAUCAAGUUACCUGAGAUAAAUCAUGUGUCUCAGUUCUCUAUAAUGCCGUCUGUACAGUCCUCAGGCAAAUCAGAAUAAUCAUGUUACUGAGCAGGAUACAGACUAAACAGACUGCAGGUUGUUCUUCCUGUCCAGGUGUUUGUCCAAAAGGUAAAAUACAGAGAAAGAUGUGUGGACCAAAAAAGCUGAUCCAGCAGUGAUCAGCUGACCUUUAGUGAUGUUGGUGGGAAAAGAAAGUCACAUGUCUCUCUCCUGAUUCCCUCUCCUCUAUUUAUUUCCUUGCAUCUCCUCAUACGUCUCUAAAGAUGGACUAAAAUGAAACUUUAGGGAACUGAGACGUCCCAGUCAACUUGACACUAAGCUUAUAUUUUAAGUGUAGAGAUUCAGAUAUUCUCUUUUUCCUUUCCUCUCAGUUUCACCUCUUAACAGGUUCAUAACAAUCUCUGACAGUAAAACAUAUUUUUGUUUUUUUUAUCUCUAACCCUCGACAGCUGAAAGUGGACUUGAAAAGCAGUUCAUCACCGUCAGAGUUGGAGAUGAAGUCACUUUACCUUGUGGAGAACUAAUGAAGGAUCAGCGGAGCUGUGACAAAACUACUUGGCUUUACAGUCAUGAAGUAGGUCUCACAGCAGAAAAGCUGGUUACACAUGGAAAUAUCAGUAAAACUGCAAUUUCAAGAGGUUAUUCAGACAGACUGAGAGUCGGCGAGGACUGUUCUCUGGUUUUAGAAAAUGUGGCACGAGAGGAUGUUGGAUGUUAUGUCUGCAUACAGUUCAAACCAGGAGUACCUACAAAUGCUCCAGUUUUUCUCUCUGUUAUCAACAGUAAGUUUGACAUUUUUAAACUUAAACUGUCCAGGAAAAACAAAAUAUAAAACAGAAGAUAAGUGAUAACUUUGAGAGACUUAAUGUUUCUCCUGUUCUGUUUUCUCUCACAAUGUCUCCACCAGUGGUAAACCAAGAGGUCAUGUUUUACUGCUCCGUGUUCACAUAUAGUGGUUGUCGGCACACCGUGCAGUGGCAGUACAAAGGUAGCAUGACUGAUGUCCACACAGUACAGAGUACCUGUUCAGCACGAGUGACAUUUCCAGCUCCUCUCCAGAAGUCAAACUCUGAAGAGCAGCUGGUUUGUAACGUGACGGACAAUAAAAGUGGACAGACUCAUCUGUGGGACGUCAACCUUCAGUCCUCAAAUGGAAAUAAUGGUACAAAUCUUUAAUAAUGCCCAUUUCUUUUUGUUUGCUCCAACAUUUAAGCAUAACUUUAAACUCAACGUAUUUAACCAUUACAUUUUUGUUUUGUUUUUCUGUGACAUUUAACAAAACCAGGAGGUCAUAAACCAUCAGGGAAGGAAGAGACAACAGGAGGUGAAUCCUCAACAAAACCAGGUACAAAUGUGACUUCUUAAAUCUCUUAAAAACCAGGAAGCCUUAAAUUCAAGUGUCAGGAAAUAAACGUCAUAUCUAACCACAGGGAGUUUUUCUUGCUAAACCAGUGGUUGCUUGAAGACUGAAUUAAACAGCAACGUCUCCCUGAAAACACUGUGUUUGUUUACCUGUUUUCAUUGUGGGUAACUUGGGGUCUCUCACUUUUUCCCUCAGUGCAUUGAGUCUCCUCUUUUCUUCUAUAAAUCCUGGUUCACAUAAGUGUUCAUGAGUGUCCUCAGUAAACUGCAUGUUAAUUCUGCUGUCAGCAUCACUUGUUAUUUAGUUUGGUUGUAUUUUUGUCUCUUUGAAACGACAGACUUGAACAGCUCAGUACACCGUAGACAAAAACACGUCUCUACCAAAUAAUCCAAAAACAAAAGAGUUUUCUCAUGGUGAGAUAAAGAGAUGGAAAACUCCUGAGUACACUGUCACUUCAACCCAAAUGAGUGCUUGGGUCAAUGUCUGUCAAUGUUGGCGAGAUUACUCAGUAGACUCAGCAAACUGUAGUAGUCUAGUUUGCUCACUGGGUCUCCUAUCAGUUUCCCCUUAAAGGAGCAGAGCUGACCAACGUUCGCUGUAGCUAAUACACUUCCAUGUGACAUGUAAUUUGUACGACCUCACUCUAAAGUACUAAAUGUGUUUUGCUAUUUUUCCUGUUCCUUCCUUUUCCAGCUCUGAUCAGGUCAAUUAUUGUGUCUGUGGGAUUAUUGGCUCUCAUAAUAACUGUGGUGAUGGUCAACAUCUGGACGAGAACUGAAGGUGAGAACCUUUUCAAAAAUCAUUUUAUCAACAAGAAGAGAUGACAGAGCUGUAUUUCCUCUGUGGAAACUAAAGUGGACUCUUUUGUGUCUCUACAGUGAACCAAAAACUGAAGAAACAUGAUGCUGUGAGUUUGAAAACUUGAUGAAAUGUUGGGAGUGUAGUGAAAAAAAUAGAUUUUAUUGAACGAGUUUGAUUUCAGAGCAUCGUGUUUGACAUUUUUUCUUCUCUCAGGUGGAUGAAGAUGAGGGUUCAGUCCACUAUGAAAACUCUGGAGCUCAUGCUGCUGCCUUCAGACUCCACUGA